AUGAGAAUCCACAACGUUUUCUACGUGGGUCUUCUGUCAAAGGUCAAAAGGGACAAAAAGCGCAACUUUGAGAACCAGCCACCACCUGUCACUGUGGAUGGAGAAGAAGAAUACAAGGUUGAAGGGAUCACAGACAUGGAAGAAAGGAACGGGAAGUGGUUUUUCAGGGUAAAAUGGAAAGGCUAUGGAUCAGAAGAGAAUACCUGGGAACCAAGGGAGAACCUCAAAAACGCCGAAAAAAUCCUAGAAAAAUUUGAAAAAGAAAUGAAAAAGAAGGCCCUCGGCGCUGCCAAGGCCCUUAGAGGGGGGGCAGUGUCGUAG